AUGCGAUUUUUAAUCUAUAUUCUGCAUAGGCAUCUUGCGCUUGAUGGUAUCAUCAUUUGCCUACAGUAUUCAUUCUGGUGAGAAGAAUUAAAAGAUCGUGAAAUAUAUAAUGUCUCUUAAAUUUGCUAGUUUACAAGGGCUCCGUGGUAUUUCAAUAUGUUUAGUUCUUAUUUUCCAUUUAUUCCCAAAAGAAUUUCCAAGAGGUUUUGUUGGAGUUGAUAUGUAAGUUUUUUUCAGAACUCUGAUUACUGAUUAAUAUUUCAAAACAUUUUAGGUUUUUUGUUUUAUCCGGGUUUUUGAUGACAAAAAUUUUAUCGUCCGAUAAAAGUUCAACUUUUGAAUUUUAUUUGAAACGUGUAAAAAGGAUAGUGCCAAUUUAUUAUGUUACCUUAAUUUUUCUAAUAAUCUCUGCAGUCAUUUUUCUACUCAAAGAUGAACGAACAGAACUGAUAUAUAAUACAAUAUGGGCUAUACCAAUGUUAUUGAACUUCCAAUCAAUAUUUGAACACACAAGUUAUUGGGAUCAGGUUAGUUUUUUUAUCACUCAUUGUCAAAAAUAAAUAAAGUAAAUUAAUUAUUUAGAUAUCCUCAAUUCGAUAUCUCACUCAUUUCUGGUCCAUUUGUGUUGAAUUUCAAUAUUAUUUGAUAGCUCCAUUGAUUCAUUUUGGAGCGAAUCAUAUGAAAACAUCCCAAGAAAAACGAUGUUACUAUCUGAUUCUGAUAAUUCUAUCAUUAGUUUUUCAACUCACAGCAAUACAAGAAUUACGAUAUGAUUGUAUUUUGUCAAGAAUUUGGCAAUUUCUAAUUGGUUCACUUGCUUAUGAUCUGUCAAAAGAUUAUGGCUCUCAGAAAAACAAUGAAAAUCAUUUGAAAACAAAACUAGUGUCAAUUGCAAUGUUGAAUCUAUCAAUUUUAAUUUUUUAUAACCCUGAGUUGUUUGGGGAAGAUCUCGUAAGGUGAGUGAUCUCCGAAGACGAUUUCUUCUGAUCUGCAGGAUUUUUUCAGAUUUAUUUUCACGAUUUUUGCAUUUUAUAUCUGUCUUAACUGUGAGAGUUUUAACAAUAAUCCAAUUUUGACUUCAAAUCCUCUUAUCCAUCUCGGAAAUUUAUCAUUUUCAAUCUAUUUGGUUCACUGGCCAAUUAUCAAUUUGUUGAAAUAUAUACAAUUUAAGGAUUUUGAUGAGACAAAUUUGAGUUAUUUAGAAUUUAUGACUUGUUUGACGUUGAUCUAUUUGGUUUCAACUAUUUUCUAUCAUUGUUUUGAGGUGAAAUUUAUUCGCAUGGAUAUUCAGGAAACUAAAAAGACAAUUGGUGUUCUGAUAAUCACGCUGAUUACACUUCUUCCGGUGUUAGCAUUCAAACAAAGCCUUAUUGUUCACACUCUUCCAAGCGACAUUCAAAAACAGAUUUAUUUGAAUUUCGACAGAGAACAUCAAUUCAAGCAACUCGAAGUUAAAAACUGCGAUUUUUCAAAUGAUCAGAUUUAUUGCGCUCAGGUAAUUGAAUUUUUCCCGAACACCCCGGCAUUAACUUUUUUUUCAGAAUUCUAGUGGAAUUGGGAAACUUCUAGUGAUCGGAAACAGUUUAUCACAUCGAGCAUUUCCAUUAAUCCAAGAAUUUUUGAAUGGCAAUUUUUCGGAAAUUCGUUUGAGAGCUAGAGAUGGAUCUGCACCAUUAUAUGAUUUAUAUCCACCAUUCACAGAAUCUUGUAUUCAAGAAGCUUAUGAUUUUAAACCUGACAUGAUUUGGGUUGUUCAAGGAGCAAAGUGAGUUAGAAAAUACUUUUAUCAGAUUUUUGUAAAAUAUUUUCCAGUGAGGUUACAUUUCCACGUGAACCAUAUAAGAGUAAACUGAAUAAAGAAUAUUUGGAUAGAACUUCUCAAAAAAUUCUCAAUUUACUGCAACUCGCAAAUCCAAAAGUUGUGGCGAUAGAUCUACCAUUUUUCAUCAAAGACCAUCGGCAUUUGACAUUUUUCGGAAGAAGUAAAUUAUAUCGACGUGAAAGUGAAGAAAAGUUCGAGCGAGUUCCGAUUAAUGUUGGUUUUAUUUUCAAAGACAAGUUGAUUUUCAAUUUCAAAAAUUUUUUUCAGGAAGUUAUGACUCAAAUAACUCCAACAAUUGAGCGUCUUCGAAAUCUUAAAUGCAAAAAUUGUAUUUUCAACGAUAUUCAAGGAAACCUUUUGCAAAACAAUACGAAAUAUUUUGAAUUUUUCGAUCGAGAAAACAUGGUAGCAUUGAGUUAUGAUGGAGCACAUUUGUCAAAUUUGGCAUAUCGAAAAUAUUUGCGAAACGAGUAUAUGAAAACUAUUGAAUACUUUUAUCAAAGUAUUUGA